CUCUAUCCUCUCCUUCCUGCUAUGAAGACGCCAACUCCUGCUCCAAAGAUAAAAAGUACCCCUGGCUCUACCUUAGCCUUUUCUCCUACAAAAGUCGCCAUCAUUGGCACAGGCGCAGUUGGCACAGCGACUGCCUUCGCCUGUAUCAUGCGCAAGGUUGCACCAGAGUUGAUGCUGUACGAUAUCAACACAAGUCGUGCGCAUGGCCAAGUCCUCGACCUAGAGGACGCUUCUUCCUUCUUAGGCUCUUCAAGCCUGUCAUCUUGCUCCUACGCUCAAGACACCCCACGCUUCUCCUCUACCACAAAGACCCCACAAGACUGUGGUCAGGCUGACAUUAUCGUUGUCGCUGCUGGAAAUCCUCAGGCUCCUGGAGAAAGCCGUGAUAACCUUCUGUACCACAACCAGUUAAUCCUCAAAGACAUUCUGACAAAAAUCUCCCCAAUCAAGCCCACAGCCAUUAUGAUUAUGGUUACUAAUCCUGUCAACCUUAUGACAGCGUUAGCUCAAAAAUUAUCAGGCCUACCCCCAAAUCAAGUCAUCGGGACAGGUACGAUCCUCGAUACAGCUCGACUUCGAACAGCAAUCAAGAAAGCGCUUCAGCACCACCAGCAGCUGGAAGAAGGUUAUGCUGAGAACGAGAGUGGCUUCAUAGAGAGCUCUAUCCACGCGAAUGUGAUUGGUGAUCACGGCGAUAAACAAGUGGCCUUAUGGUCUACGGCAACUGUUGGAGGAUAUCCAUUGACAUCAUUUAAUGCAUUCAAGCUACUGAACACUCAAAUCGAAGUAGCAAAAUCUAGUGCGGCGAAGGUCUAUGAGAUUAUAGAGCAUAAGACUGCAUCAUCGUUUGGUAUUGCAGUCAUUAUUGCAGAGAUCAUUGACACAAUUGCUUCAAACAAGAAAGCUGUUCUCCCCUUGUCGGUCUACAGCAAGCGUUAUGAUGUUUGCCUGGCCUUGCCAGUAGUUUUGAGUGCAAAUGGCAUAGGCACAAUCAUAUAUCCGCAAAUGAACGAGAGAGAACAAGCCGCGCUUGACGAAUACGUUCGUGCAAAUCGCGCCAUAUGCGCACCUUUUUUUCAUCCUCGUGGACCCAAGGGGAUCUUUCAGGAAGAAGCUCGGCUGUAA